AUGCCUGUGACACCGAGCCAAGGCAAGGCGAAGAAGUGCCAGAGAGCCUGCGAGCGAUGUCGGUCGAUGAAAGUCAAGUGCUCGGGCUCGAGUCCUUGUACUAGGUGUGCCCGUAAGAAGAAGCACUGCCACUUUCCAGUGGAGGAGGUGCGGGUCUCGGUGUCGGAACGAUACUUGCGAGAGCUCGAAGAGCAGAUUUCCAGAAGCGGAACAUCCGUACGGCAUGGAAACUUAGGAGUUAAUGCCUUGCGUGAUGCCCUAUUUACUGGUGAUGACAAUGUCGAUGUUCCCUCCACUCCCCACGCAUUGCUAGAAAACCAAGAAGAUACUCGAUGGAGAGCUAACCCUAAUGCCUUGGGUGCCGCUCUACACACUCCAGAGACCGUUCGCAGGGAACAUGAAGACCCUGAAGCUGAGCAUGAUAUUCAAGGAUCCCGAUUUUCACGUAACCCGCUAGUCGACAGAGAUCCAUCCUUUGCACAGACACCAGAUGGCCGUUUCUGGUAUAUGGGGCCGACAUCGUCAUGGUCCUUUUGUCGUCGAGUCCUCGCUCUCAUAGGACGAAAGGUUCCCGAGGCAAACUUCCAGUCUGAUCCUUUCCAUAUUGAUGGAACUGCAUUCAGGUUGCAUUGGCGGCCAUUCCCCCCAGACGAAGUACCCGAUGUCACCAACCUGCCUCCGUUGGACUACGCCCUCUUUUUGUUUAACACAGUCAAAUUCUAUUUCGGAUUUCUGUCUUUUAUGAUUGACGAACCAGCUUAUCUACGAGAGCUACAUGAAUUUUAUAAAGACCCAGCAGCCAAGGCUGCCUCUGCUAGGCCUUGGUAUUGUCAAUAUCUCCUUGUGCUGGCCUUUGGAAAGGCAUUCCUGACGCAGAAAAACUCUUCCGGAACGCCACCUGGUCAUCAAUAUGCCUCACGGGCUAUGGCUCUCUUACCAGAUCUGUCAGGCAUAGACGAAGAUCCACUGGCCUGUAUCCAGGCACUUAGUCUGGGUGCAGUAUAUCUUCAAUCAAUAGAUAUGAGAAGAGCAGCUUUUCAACAUAUUGGACAAGCCUUGCGUGGUUGCAUUAUCGAGGAUAGAGAAUUCUCUGCCCUAAUUGGUGCCCCGAGCUCUAUUCGUGAUGAAGACAUUACAGUGAAAUUACCAGCAGAGAUGGAAGAUUCAGUGGAACAUAUCAACUUGACGUUACAUGUUCGACUUUCGCGUCUUAUGGCUCGAAUCUUGACAACUGUCUACGGAGUAGGCAACGAAUACGAUGAUACUCUCGUUCGGAGUACACAGUCCAUUCUUCACAGCAUGGCAGAACUGUCGCAUGAUCUCACGGCAUUUUUAAAUACCCAAUUCCACGGAUUAAUAAGCCGUGCUUCAAAGAUGGCAAUACGAUUAAUGCUAGCGCAUCACCAUUGUGUGGUCCUUACAACUCGACCCUUGGUGAUGUGCGCAUUGCACAUGCACAUAGAGCGAACAGAAAGACAAACAUCCCAAAUUAUUUCUUUAGCACCGCCUGUUGCGUCUCUUUUACAAUGCUGCGCCGAAUCCGCUCAAACACUUCUACAAACGCUCCGUACACUGGCGGAUGACGACUUGAUGGAUGCAUUCUUACCAUUCCAAAUCGAAGAUGCCUCAUCUUCUGCGUUUGUUUUAUAUUUGAUCCGCGCGAUUGCCCCAUCGCUUAUAUCUAACGACUCGUGGUGUGACAACUUGGAAUGCGUACUAGAUAAACUCAUUGCAAAGGGCAAUCUAGCUGCGCCACUUCGACGACUAGAAUUGAGACAGCUGGAGCAAAUAUUGGCACCUUUGACACCACGGUUGACUAACCACUCCUUGCCUGCAGCCAGUCUGGGUGACGGCAGUGACAAUAAUGAAGAGACUUACACGUUCGACCAGGAUGAGUUCGAGUGGGAUAUGCUUGCACUCAAUUCCUCGGUCAGCCUUCCACCACGAGAGUUGCUUGAUCUUGCGGAUCAGUUGGAUGUGGACAGUAUUAUGCAAUCGGUUCAGAUCUAA